GGAACCAUGGGAAUCCUCCUCCUCGCCACCUUCCUUCACCUCGUCACCUCCGCCACCGCCCUCGGCGUAAACUAUGGCAUGAUAGCGGACAACCUUCCGUCACCUUACGAAGUUGCCAACUUCAUCAAGACCAAAACUAUUUUUGACAGCGUAAAGAUCUUUGAUACGAACCCUGAUGUCCUUAGAGCUUUUGCAAACACUGAUAUUUCGGUCACGGUCACGGUUGCCAAUGGACAAAUCCCUUCUUUAACCAAUGUUCGAGCGGCGAGGAGAUGGGUGAAUAACCAUAUUCGCCCUUUUUAUCCACAGACGAAGAUCAAGUAUAUUUCUGUUGGCAACGAAAUUUUGCUUUUUAACGUUCAGGAUCAAAUUAACAAUCUUGUGCCAGCAAUGAAAUCUCUUCAUCUUGCUUUGGCUAAAGCUGGAAUUCGGGGUAUUAAGGUCACAACAGCUCAUGCUCUUAACAUAUUCAAUGGUGACUCUGUGCCAAGUUUGGCUCGGUUUAGGCAGGAUUAUGCAAAGAGCUUCUUUGCUCCUUUACUACUAUUCCUUCGAAGAACAAAAUCACCUUUCAUGAUCAACCCUUACCCUUACUUCGAGUUGAAUGCGAUGGGGAACAAAUUGGACUAUGCUCUUUUCAAGAGAAAUCCUGGUUUGUUUGAUAAACAUAGUGGGAAAACAUACACCAAUGCCCUUGAUGCUCUCUUGGACAAAACACAUUCGGCCAUGAGUGCCAUUGGCUGUGGAGAUGUUGACAUUGUCAUUGGCGAAACCGGUUGGCCUUCCCAGGGUGAUGGAGGAAACCUGGUUGCUACUGUUGGGAAUGCACUUUCUUACAAUGGGAAUUUGGUUAGGGAAAUCCUUUCAGGAAAUGGCACACCUUUGAUGCCAAACAGGAGGUUUGAGACUUACAUUUUCGCAUUGUUUAAUGAGAAUCAGAAACCAGGUCCCCUCGCUGAGAGGAAUUGGGGUUUAUUUAGACCAGAUUUCACCCCUGUUUACAAUGUUGGAGUUUUGCGCAAUGGCCAGCCGAUGCCAAGACCAGCAAUACGGGCACCAUCAAGCAAGAAGUUCUGUGUACCGAAACCUGGAGUCACCGAUGCUCAACUGCAAUCUAACCUAGAUUACGCAUGUAGCCAAGGUGCUAAUUGCAGUCCAAUUCAACCUGGUGGGCCUUGCGCUCAACCAGGCACCGUCAGGUCUCGUGCAACAUUUGCCAUGAAUUCUUACUAUCGAAACAAAGGCCAAGCUGAUAACGCCUGUGAUUUUUCUGGCACUGCUCAAAUCACCACUGCCGAUCCAAGUUAUGGCAACUGCCACUACCCUUGAAGAAUUGGAUGAGGAAAGAUUGGUUAUUGAGUGAAGGUUGGUUAAGGGGGAAUUUCCCUUUUGGAGGAAAAAGCUUGAGAAAUUCCCUCAUACAAAUUACUGUGUAGUGUAGUUCUUUUACUUUCUUUGAUGCUUUGUUGUAUGCUGCAAUUGCAGUAUCAAAUGUGAACAUCAAUUUCCAAUAAUUUAAUUUAUUUUUGCA